AUGGGUAUCGACUUGGACCGUCACCAUGUGCGCAACAGCCACCGCAAGGCUGCGAAGAGCGACAACGUUUACCUGCAGGUGCUUGUGAAGCUGUACCGCUUCCUUGCCCGCCGUACCGAGUCCAACUUCAACAAGGCUGUUCUCCGCCGUCUCUUCAUGUCGCGCAUCAACCGUCCUCCCGUCUCGCUUUCGCGCAUUGCCGCCAACAUCUCCGAGGCCCAGAAGGGCAAGACCGUCGUUGUCAUCGGCACCAUCACCGACGACAACCGUCUCCUGAACGUCCCCAAGCUGUCCGUUGCUGCCCUGCGCUUCACCGCUACCGCUCGUGCCCGUAUCGAGAAGGCCGGUGGUGAGACCCUCACCCUGGACCAGCUUGCUCUGCGUGCCCCCACCGGUGCCAACACCCUGCUCCUCCGUGGCCCCAAGAACUCCCGUGAGGCUGUCAAGCACUUCGGCUUCGGUCCUCACUCUCACAAGAAGCCCUACGUCGCCAGCAAGGGUCGCAAGUUCGAGCGUGCCCGUGGCCGCAGACGUUCUCGCGGUUUCAAGGUCUAA